GCAUGCUGGGAAACGCCGCUUGCGUCACUAAGUCCGUCCCGCCAAAUUCGAUUGAGGAAGUGUCCCGGACAGCUCGGUGUGUGAGGAGGAGGACUGGCUGACAGACAGCGCAAACCCUGCCAUCAAUAUGUGGAAUGAUAUUGAAAUUUUAGCAAGUGAUGACACUGGAAGCUGCCGUUUGAACAUUGAUUCACGGCAUGAAAGUGGCACCUCUUUAUAUCAAGUGGACACGCUACUUAAAAUUGCAUCAACUGAAAAGGUGAUUGUCAAUCCAAAACUAUUUGCCUACAGUUCAAAUGAGGGAUGUGUAAUUGUUGCUGACAAAUCUGUAUGCCUGCUUGAUAGCAUUUGUCAGUCUCUUCAGCUCCAGUUACAGUUUGAUACAGAAGUAGAUGUUGUGGGCGUUUGUCAUGAAGGACAGUUUCUCCUUGUUGGAGAGAGAAAUGGCAAUGUUCAUCUUAUUCAUGUGAUAUCUAGACAGAUCUUGAUUACAAAGGCUAUGGUACAAAGUUGUGUAAAAGAUGGUGGACAAACCUUUAAAAAAUUACUUAUAGAAAAAGAUACUUCAGAUGAAGGUGUGUAUCACAUGUUCCUUUUGACAAAUGGAGGCAUCUACUGUAUAAUGUACUUUCAUCUUGCAAGGAUAAAUGAUGCCGUGGAGAAAAUGGACUUCAGUUCUGCAAAGGAGUUGGAAGGAAAGCUCAAGACUUGUUUUACAUCUACAGAGAAGUAUCACACUGAAAGCUGUUUGAAUUUAGUCAUUGGGGAUUUGACAAGUGAUACUCAACUAAUUGUUGGGGGAAGAGGUGAUUAUGCUCUCUCAAAGUGGAAAAUGGAUCCUGUGAAAAAACAUCUUGCUGUCCAAACUCUUGCUGAUUGUAGUAUGAUCCAAGGUGCAAAGAAACUACAGAUUUUGGACAACCUGUUGUUUGUUCUGGAUGAGCAUGGCAUUCUGAGUGUAUGGGAUGUGUAUACUCUGGUUUUAGUAUGGGAUUGGCCUUCCUUUCACAUAUCGGACUUUCUUUUAACAACAGAAGGAGAUUCAUCUUCAGUUACACGGCGAACAGACACUAACCUUAAGCUUAUAGUUUUAACAGUGCCAAAUGAUAAACAGAUGAGAAACUUGGCGGUUUAUUCCUUGCCCACAAUGCACCAUUUGUAUUCUAUUGAAGUAUCUGAUGUUUCCAGUCUUGUUCAAAUUGGCAUCACAAUGGAUACAAUAUAUCUUCUAGAAGGAAUAUAUGAUGACCACGAGGGGUCAUCUGGGGGCCUGGUCAGUGGGCUUGCACUGAGAUGUCUAACUGAAGCUUUACCAGAAAACAGGUUAAGUCGAUUACUUCACAAGCUUAAAUUUGAGGAAGCGGAGAAGUUUGCAAUACAGUUUGGACUGGAUGUUGAGCUUGUGUAUAAAGUAAAAGUCAACACCAUACUGGAGAAAAUGGCAUCCACAUCCAUUGGAAGUUAUGGACAGUCUCUCUGGCAGGAGCUUGUGGAUGAAGCCAAAGACAGUCUAGUAAAAAUAAAGGAUGACAACUUUGUGACUGAAUACUGUGUUAAUGCCCCCUGGCCUACUUAUGAAACAGCCUUUGAUAUGCUGAGUUAUGCAAAAACCAGGAUUCAGAAAAGGGAGGACAAGGCUUUACCAGUAACUUCAGAUGAUAUUCCCAUUUCCAUCAUCGAUGUACUAAGAGCACAGGCCAGAUUGGCUAGUUUUUAUGGUGCUUUUGGACCAGAUAAAUUCAGUGGAAUUGCAUGGAUAGAGUUUUUAAACAACAGUGAUGUGCUAAAAGACAUCUUCUAUCAAUUGGAGGAAGUAAAUUUGUCGUGUGCACAGUACCUGUGGCUGAGACAUCAGGCAGAAUUUGAAAGCAAAUUUGAUGAGAAGUUUCUUGAAAAGCUUCUUAGCAUAAUUCCUGCAAAUAUCCCUUCACAAGAAUUGUGCCUCUGGUUUAAAAACAUAUUGGUUCCAUUUGUGAGAAGAAUUGUGCCAAAAGGACACAAAAUUAUUGCAAAAUGGCUGGAACAUAGAGCACGGUCUCUAGAACUAACUGAUAAAGCCAACUGGCCAGAAAACGGUUAUGAAAUGGCAGAAGUAUAUUUUACAUCAAAAAAUCCAGCAGAGCUUGGCAUUGCCUCUUCUUGGCUUUGGAUCCCUCUGAAAGAAGACUGUGACUGUGAGGAAGUUCAGCAGUUGAUGAAGCUUGUCACCAGCCUCCAGGAGUUGGUGGAACUGUAUAGGAAAUAUAACUGCAGGCUUGCCCUUUCUGAUUUUGAAAAGGAGACUACAACUACAAUCGUUUUCCGCAUGUUGGAUAAAGUCUUGGCUCCUGAGCUUAUUCCAUCCACUUUAGAAAAGGUUAUUAGGCCCUAUAUGCAUCAGCAUAACCUAUUAGAAGAAGAACUUCUACUUCAGUACAUCAAGGAUAUGUUGGAGCGCUGCAGUUCUCGCUCUGUAUCACUGUUUGAAACUGCAUGGGAGGCAAAGGCAAUGGCUGUUAUUGGGUGUAUGACAGAUACAGAUUUAAUAUUUGAUGCUGUCCUUCAAAUAAUGUAUGGCGCUGUGGUUCCAUGGAGUGAUGCAGUAGAGCAGCUUGUCAAACAACAUCUAGAGAUGGAUCAUCCCAAGGUAAAGUUACUGCAGGAAAGCUACCGACUUAUGGAAAUGAACAACCUUUUGCGUGGUUAUGGGAUCAGGGCAUUUAACUUUCCACAUGACAAAAAUAUAAUGGGUUUAAUUAAAUACAUCCUAAAGCAAGAUUCCCCUUCAUCUUUGGAAGAUGCUUUGAAAAUUGCUAAAGCAUAUCAGCUGCCCACAGUAGAGGUGUACAUAUUUAGGCUUGUGCAGCUAAUUUAUAUGAACAGGGGUGAUGAAUGCUUGAAUCUUUUAAAGUCAAUUUCUCCAUCUGAAGCAGAAAUAACAGUUGAGCGUCUGUCUCUGUGGGCAAGAAUAGCAUUGCAGGAGAGCCCAGGCACUUCUGAGGAGUUCAAGGAAGAUCAGAAAAGAAUUGCAAGAAUACUAGUGGACAUACUCAAAUUCAAUUUGUGCAGCAUUAAAGAUCUUUUAAAAAGAGAGAUUUUUGAAACCAAUUUAAAAAUGUUUGAAGCAAUCUCUAGUUUACAGGAAGAUUUUGACAUAUUCCUUUCACUGGAUGAGUAUGAAAACCGAUCUUUUCUGUCUCAUCUUAGAGAAGAGCAUAUUAUUGCUUAUGAGACUACCAGGUCCAUGUCUAAAUCUGAAAAGACAACAGAACAGAUUCCGAAUACUAACCAUCAUUCCAAGGUGCCAUCAACAGAGUCCAGGUUAUACAGACUUGCCUUGCUUCUACAAGUCUCAGAACAAGAGCUAGGUGCAGAACUAGCCCUGAGAGCUCUGUCAGCUGGAAAGGUUGAUAAGUCUUUGCAGAUCUGUCGGGAUCUAUAUGAACAUCAUUGUAAUUCUCAGACUGGAAAGUUACUUUUCCUUGUUUCUCAGAAAUUGUGCCAAAUGUUGGAAGCAAAUACUCCAAUGGUAAUACCUCCUGGAAUGAAUUUGCCUGCCAUCACUCUUCAGCUAUCUUGUCAGGCAGUCACGAUAAGCAGUCCAGAUCUCUUGCUGGAUGCUUUGGAACUUUGUAAAUAUACACAUAUUGCUGUGGAACUUUACAGACAAUGUCAUAUUGAAGAUUAUGGAUUUAUUACCAAAAAUGCCAGUUUUGGAGGUGACCGAGAUCAUUACAAAGAGUGGACCUAUGAAGAAUUCUUCAGUGAAGAUGGAAUUGUCCUGGAUUCCUUGGUGGUUUUGCCAGUUGCUUAUAAUUUAGCUACAGCUUUUGUUCCAAGCACAGCUGGUAAAAAGAUGUAUCCUUUGGAUUGUGCUAAUCUGGCUACCUGUUCAUGCACUAAAGGAGAAAACAUGCUGCUUCCUGCUAAAACUCCUAUUGUUGCAUUACUGGAAAAUUUACAAGAAUGCAGUCAAUGUGAACUGACCUUGAAGCUCAUAACAAGAGCAUUUGGUACAUGUUUACAGCACAGCGUUUCAAAUUAUAUAGAUGAUAAUUUAAGUACAAAGUUGCACGAUGAAAAGAUAAUGGCAGAAACCAAAACAUUUAUUUCAAUACUUGGAGAGAAAACCAAAACUUUGAUUAAGGAUACAUCUAUGGCGUUAUUACACAAGGUUUUCAAUUGCCGUUUAGUGGACUGCAACCUUGCGCUGGGUUAUUGCACACUUCUACCCAAGACAGACGUUUUCACAAAGUUGUGGGAUGUCAUAAACAAUACAUGGCAAAACUACAACAAGGUUCUGGCAGUAGCAAUCGUUGGAGCCCAGCUUGCUUUUAUAUGUCAAGAAAAUGAAGAAAGAGAGAAAUUUCAAGAGCUUGUAACUGAUGCUGUAUGGGGUACCGAGCUCGGUAGCUUUGGAAUAUCUUUCCAGUCUGCCUUCCGACAAGGACCACAACAGAAGAAAGAGCUUAUUUCAACAUUAGUUCAAAAUUCAAAUGUGGAUACAGAACUUAUACUUAAAUACUGCAACACAUUUAUGUUGGAUAGCGAUGCUGCACUCCAACUUUACAUAGAAACGCUGCUUCUGUCUGGUUCAAGCUGGAAACACAGCCGUGAAGAUUGUGCAAGAGAUUCUGAACAGCAUGCUCAGCUUGUGACUAAAGCAAAAGCGAUAAUUCCUCUGCUAAAUAGCACAGAAGAUCUAGUUAUUAGUCUUACGGGUAUACUGCAUAAGAUGGAUCCCUAUGACUAUGAAACUAUUGAGGCGGCCUUGCAAGUUAUAAUGGCUGCAGAUGAAAAGAAUACCAAUAUCCAACUUAGUCAGGCUUUAAAUUUGAUCAAUCUUCUUAAAUCUUACAAGAGGAUUUCUCCUCCUGGUGAUAUAGAGCACCAGUACAUACUGGAGCAUGGUAUUUCAAUGUCCAGUACUGCACACACUAGACUACCCUUCCAUUUGCUUUUCUUCACAACCGCCUCAAGCUUCUGGGCCAUCAUAUCUGCUGAACUAAGUGAAGAGUCCUUCCCGUCAUUGCUUCUCAUCUCCAAACACAUGAAGGUUUCACUGGACACUUUGUAUAUGACCGCUGUCAAGCAUGUGUUUGAGAAAAGUUUACGACCCAAAGCACUCAAACUUAAAAAUAAUGAAUGCGCUUCCCUUAUUAACAAAGAAACUGCAAAGACUGUGCUUACUAUUCAGUCAUACCUUCAGUCUAUUAGUAACCCAGAGUGGGCUGCAGCUAUAGCUCACAGAAUUGCACAAGAGCUUCCAACAGGGCCUGAUAAAAUUCACGCAUUAAAAUUUUGCUUACAUUUGGCUGAAAACUGGAAAAGAAACACAUCUCCUAAGGUGGAGGCUCAUGAAAGAGCAGAAGUGCUAAUAAAGAAGCUCACUGUGCAAUACCAGCGGUCAGCCACAGAAAAUGUUCUGAUAACACACAAACUAAAUAUGCCUGACUUUUUGAAACAGAUUGGUAUACCGGCCAAUCUCAUAGUUUCGCUAUAUGAGCACAGCAGUGUGGAAGAAAGGAUACGAAAUCCAACAGGCAGAGAUUAUCCAGACAUACAUACCGCAGCAAAGCAAAUAGCUGAAGUGAAUAACUUGAGCAUGAGCAAAAUUCGAGACCUUCUCCUUGACAAAUGGUUGUGUCCAACUACCCUGCCACAAGCUGUAAAAGACAAAGAUGUAUUUGGUGAUGUACAAGGAGAUGAAGACCUCAGUAGAGUUCUAUAUCUUCUCCAGCCAUACCAUAUGGAUUACAGUUCAAGAAUGCUGUAUACAAUUGCAAUUUCUACUACUUCUCCUAUUGGUGAAAACAAACUGACAUUUGCACAUAGAAGUAGAGCUUUACAGUGCUUGAUUCAUUUAGCUGACACAGAGACUGUCGUGUCGCUUGUCAAAAAACCUAUGGACCAAGUAAAGUAUUAUCUGAAAUGCUGCAUUUACCUGUCAGAGUUUGAAAUCUUGAACAUACCAUAUACCAUCGAAUCAUUUCACAGCAGUCCCAAAGAGGGCAUGAUUAAAGGCCUCUGGAAGAACCACAGCCAUGAAGCAAGGGCAGUGAGAUUGGUAACAGAGCUCAGUUUGGAAUAUCAAGUUUAUGAUCCUCAGCUCUGGAGCGGACUAUUACAAAAGUUACUUGGAUUUAACAUGAUGACUUACCUGAGAAAGGUGUUAAUAGCCAUAACUUGUAUUCACUGCCUAUGGGAGGUACCAAACUUCAGUAGAGCGUGGCGCAGUGUUAUUCUGGCACCAUUUGCUUGUGCCUCUUGCCCGCCAAGCCCUUCACAGCUUGCUGAGUGCUACCAGUCUUUCCUAGUGCUCUUAAAGUGCCCUGUACUAGCUGAUCUGGACCUUUUAGGAAUUGCUAGGCAGUAUGCACACAUUGAUUUACCAGCAUUUACUUUAGGCUGUCUCUUGUUAAUUCCACAUGCUGAUAAAAGAGAGCAACAGAUUCAGGGUUUUCUUAAUGCUUGCAAUCCAGAAACGGUUUUGCUUCAAGUAGUAGACUGCAUGAACACUGGGGAAGUGGCAGGCAUUGCAUCACAGAUAAAGGCUUUAAUUUUGGACAGUGUGAUUAAGAGGAAACAGCUUGAAAAGUUUGUGAAAACAAAAUGCUACAAUGUGCUAAAAACUGAGGCAAUUAAUUCUAACCGUGUAAAAGACCUGGCAGAUUAUCUGCUGAACAGGAACUGUUUAGAUGAUGCUGCCGAACUUGUAAUAGAAUGCCUAUAUCGUCGUGGAAAACCUUACCCAAGAGAUGCAACAUCCCUGGACCUUGUGAAGACUUUUCUACGGGACCAAACGUCUUAAAAAUAUGUGUUUUCAAUAAGCACAACAGUGGAGCCAGGAUAUUAUUUCUGUGGUUUGCUGUCCAUGAAAAAUGUUACAAAAAAUCAUUAAAAAAAAAAAAAAAAAUCAAGGCAUCACUUAAUAUGAAGUUUAUUAUUCCAGGUUUUAAUGCUUGUACGUGCACCUUCCCAUGGAUAGAUUGUGUGUAUGUAAGCUUUUCUCCAUAUACAUUUUUUGUUUGUAAUCUCGUUGUACGUUAUACAUCAUUUACUAGAAUUGUUUGACAAACAGCAUAGUCACUUGUAUUAUUUCAAAGAAGCUUUAUUUUACACAGCGGAAUAAGUUUUAUGUUUGUUUGUUAUAAGGUUUUAUAUGUUUAUCUCUUAAAUCGGUUUCAAUAAAGAUUGGUUGUCAAAAGUA